AUGAUUCUAGUACUGUAUAGUAUGGAUAUAAUUUUUUGGCAAAUUGAAACUCAGUCUUUGAAUUUUAUUUUAUUUUAUGUUUAUUUUUAUUAUAAUUUUUUGCUUUCAAACGUUAUUGGACAAAUUGCUUUGGAGAUUUCUUUCCAAUAUAAAUACAUCAAAAACGCCUUGGCAGCCACUGAAUACACUAAUGAGGAAACUUGUCGAAAAAUGCUAGUACAAACCAAAAGAUUGUACCUGGAAAUGCACAAAGUUGUACAAACUUUUAAUGGAUUAUUUGGAAAUAUUUUAUUGUUGAUGGCUAUUCAAUGUUCUUUGCAAAUAUUGGAUUUUGGGGUGUUUUUAAUGGAGAAAGUUGUGCCUAAUUUAAAAGUCGAAUACGAUGCAUUGAUUAUUUAUAUUAUAUUUAUUGUAUUGGAUUUGGUUUGGUUCUCUCUAACUCAAUUCCGUUGCAACAUGGCCAAAGACGAAUCCCUAAAACUUUUAGAAGUUUGCUUUAAUCUGUUGGACAAUCACUCAAAUACCUCAGAUUUGAAUUUAGAGCUACAAGCGCUGAUUCAGCAAAUCAAAAACCGUCCGGUGCGUUUUACUGCUGCAGAGUUUUUCGAAAUUACACGUUCCACUACUUUUUCUAUAGUUGGAACGACUGCAACGUAUUUUAUCGUUUAUGUGGAACUUCGUAGUAACGAUAGUAGUAGUUGGAAUCAUAAUAAUGUAACAAAAUAA